UUGCACAUUUGAAAACAUCGCGAAAAGUUGAUUUAGAAAAGUACAUUUUUGUUUCUGAUGAAAUUCCUUGUAGUCUAGUGUAUUUAUUCAUAAGUAACAAAAUUUUUUUAUUAAAAAGUAUUGCAUCAAUCCCUUUAAAUUUUUAUACGUGUUAAAAGUAAAUGUAUAUAAAUUCCUUUUUAUUUUUAUAAUAUCACCGUAAAAAUUACAACAUUAUGAAUAUCAAUUUCAUACUAAAUUAAUUACUAUAAUUAUUAUGUAUGAAUACAUAAUAAUUAUAAAUCAGGAUAAAAUUAAGGGAAUAAGAGUUAUGAUUGCUUUUGAAAUAAUCUAUCAAUCUCUUAAAAUUAAACACUAUCUACAGAUUUCAUCGAAGCGUUUCUUUGUGAUUUUAAUCACUGUCAGAUAUCAUCUAUACUUGUCCCAACUAUGCCACGUCCAUACUAUGCUGCGACCCCACUGUGCUACCGUUUUUAACUUAUGGACUAUUCUAACAAAUUAAAACAUACGUUUUUAAUCAACAGUUGUGUGUUUGUUAAAAUUUACCACUUUUGAAUACUCCGUUGCUAUUCCAAACACUUCAAAAUAGUCCAUUUUGCCGAAAAUUAUAUGGUUUAUAGACUUAUUGGACGAUAACUACGUUUACACAAAACAAAAACAUGACAACAAUAAAAAUACCUGCUCAGCUACGCAUGGAAGCUAAAAAAUAGACAUUGAUAAACGCUAUGGUUUUACUAAGUUACUAUUUCGUCACACUUAGCGCAAAAUUACAUAGGUCGAUAACAACUUUAGAAAAAGUACCCAUUUUGUAGGAAUAUUAAAAAAAGUACUUCUCGCCGUAAAGAAUUCUUGAAGUGUUAGUAAACAAAAUACCUGCAGUAAUCAGUGUCAUUUUGAAUUAUAUUGACAAUACAAACAAUAACUUAAUACAUAAUAUUAAUAUAUUAUAUACCUCAAGCAUUUCUUAAAUUAAAAUAGAAAAACAAUUUGUACUCAGUAUUACUCUAGAAUGAUUAUGAACAAAUCACCAGUGUUUUUCAUAAGUUCUUUACUGGGUCUUUUUCCAAGCUAUGACUAUCAUAACUUAUCUAAGAAAGUUGGUAUAGUGAUUAUAGUUUUACUUUUAAUUUAUUAUUAUGAAGAUUUAAAAUAUAUAUUGUUAAAAGCAGAAUAUACUAAUUAUAACAAAAUUUGGUGCAUAUUACACACAACGUUAAAUAUAUCAUUGUUGUUAAUAUGUUAUAUUAAUUCAAUUGUUAAUUACAAUCUCUACUCAAGUUUUACUAAUAAUAUUAGCAUUAUUGAUAAUUUAUCAAAACAUUUAGAAAUAAGUUUUAAUUACAAUGUUAGUAAUUAUAAAAGCUACACAAAUAUUUUAUUAAUUAUAUUUUUGACAAUUAGUUUUGAAAUAUUUCAUCAAUUAGCUUUGACUGAACAAAAUUUUCCAUUGGUAAAUCUGGUUGAAAUUGCUUGUGUACCAAUGAUUUGGCUACAAGUAUUUCAAUUAGAUAUUUUAUUAAAACAAUUAGCAAUACGGUUCAAUUAUGUUAAUUAUAUAUUGGAAACAAACAUAGAAAAAAUGAUGAGAACUUAUUGGAUUCAAUGGUGUCCGAUUGGUUCAAAAGAAAUAUCUAUACUUAAUCACAUUCAUCUAUUAACAUACACUUCAUUCAAGGAAAUUUGUUUAUUUUACAAUAUGCAACUACUUGUCAUAAUACCAAGAGUAAUUGUAUCAAACAUUUUGCCAGUUCAUUAUAAUGUGGUUUUGGCAUUUUCAUCCAAAAAGAAUAGUACUCCCUGGUCUCAAAUAUUUACAUUAUCAAUGAUUAUUCUAACAAUUUAUCCAAUAAUUCAUUUGGUUAAGUGUGCCAGUGAAACAAUAAGUAAAGCAACACAAAUAACUGAGUCAAUACAUAAGUUGUUAGAUCAAGAAUUAGAACAGAAAUUUGAAGAUGAACUAUAUAUAUUUUCACAACAAUUGUUACACAGACCAAUGAAAUUUUCUGUCAAAGAAUGUUUUGCUAUUAAACCUUCACUCAUAGCUUCAAUGCUCGAGUUGAUAGUGACAUAUGUAAUUAUUCUUUUACAAUUUCAAGACUCAAUACAUUUAAUUUUGCCAGCUCAGUUUUUAGUCAGCCCUAAAAAUUAAUCAAUAUAUUACAUACCAAUGGCCAUCCUAUAGUAUGUUGUACUUUUCCAGGAUAAUGAUUUUCUGGUUUUACUUCCCAUAUUUCUUUGAUUCCUAAUCCAUAAGAUUGUGAGGAACAAUUUUCACGGAGAUUGAAUUUUUUAAAUAGUUGUUUGGUAAGAUGUCCAUGACAG